UAUCAGCUGUACAAAACAUGUAACCCAAUGAUAUGUGAUACGUGAUUUAUUCUUUCCUCGUCCACAUGUGUGGCACUAAAAGCACCAGCUACAAGCAACAAGACUGAACAAUGCAAAUUGUCAAAUUCUGUUUACAUUUUCUCAACUCUGUGCAAAAUAAGCAUUACCCAGGCUGCUGGUAUUCCAGUGAUUGACUUCCGGUAAGUCUAGAGAACUAAUCAUAUGAAGCAAGUGUCCCACAAUCCUCAUAAAGCUCCAGUCUACUGGUCAGUUCUUGCUUUGUACAACAGUAUAUAAAUAUUAGUCUGCACACUGUAUACUUUUGGCCACAAGCGUUUUCUGGUCAGUGCCACCCCAAGCACCAACCGAGAUAAACCAUGAGCAACAUCAGGAAUUUGUCGCCUGCCAUUGUGCAUCUUAGGGUUAAACCAGUCAGGAUUGUAGGCAGGUAAUAUCACAUUUUUUAUCCCCAACUAUGUAUGUUUAAGCAGGUGAUAAAAUGCAUCAGAGCAGAAUCUCUCAAGGUCUCGAUGAAAUGGGAAAAACCAACAAGUAUGAGACUCCACUUGCCUCGGAUCUUCAUAGGUUGCUUUGGACCAAACCUGGCACAGACAGCCAUCUUAAUGAGGUCAGACCGGGGAUCUUCAUAGGAGACGUUUAUGCAGCAAAAGACAGACCCACGUUACAAGCUCUGAACAUCACUCACGUACUAAACGCAGCUCACGGUAAAUACAACAUCAACACGGGUGCCAGCUACUACAGAGGUACCAACAUCACAUACCACGGUGUGGAGGCCUUCGACUCGCCCACCUUCGACAUGAGUCCCUUCUUUUACAGCGCUGCAGAGUUCAUCAAGAGUGCGCUGAACACCCCCGGAGGUAAAGUGCUCGUGCACUGUGCGAUGGGCUUGAGCCGCUCAGCCACGCUGGUCCUGGCGUACCUAAUGAUCGAGGAGAAGAUGACCCUAGCGGAGGCCAUUAGCUCAGUGGCUAAGAACAGGAAUGUCUGUCCCAACACAGGAUUCCUCGAACAGCUUCGCACACUCGAUACACAACUACACGGCUGAUGUUACAACCGCUAGGACGGGACUAACAAAAAAUAUAAAAGGGGUUGCCAAAUUGGAGUGACCAGAUUUCCAUAAGCAGGAACCUUUGGUUAAUUCUUACUGCCUGAAAAGAGGUUUAAAAGUUCUUCCUCUGACUGUUAAGGUUUCUCUGGGUACCCUAGUUUUUUCUCAGAAACAUGAAGAAGGUAGAUUGGAUGCAUUAUUGUUACUGGGACCAGAGUUUUGCAGGGCAAUCUGGAAGAGUUGGUACCCCCAUGGCACCCCUACAAUGGACUUAAGUAGGUAAACAAACCAUUGAAACUUUUUGCACUAAUCUGUCCUGCACCAAAUAAUGGAAGCGGUGUGGCUGAUAGCACAUAUAGACAAAAGCAACAUGUCUUCUGGCUGCACUUCUGUCUCUGUUUCAAAAGUCUAAUUGUUAAUAAAUAAGGCCGAUAAUGA